GAACACCCAGAACCUAUGAUUCUAGAGCCCCCUGAAGCUGGCAUACCAGGAGGGCCAUCACUGGAGGCCAUCCUUGGGGCCCAUAUGGGGGCCCACAUGGGGGGCAUGAACUACCCCCCUGUGCUGGACAUCCCCCCUGAUGCUGAUGAUGAGGCCAUGGUGGAACUGGCAAUUGCUCUUAGUCUUCAGGAACAGGGUCAACAGGGCGGUCUGAGUCUACAGGGGCUGAGCUUGGGAGCACAGAGACAAGGUACAGACCACAGCAGCCACUAUUCAGACACGACGGCAUCAGCACCGGCCAGUGACGACGAGGCGGGCAGUACAGCAGCCACAGAGGGGUCAACUCUCAGGACAUCCCCAGCAGAACAGGGAGGGUCUGAGAGUGGAGGGAGCGCCAGUGGAUCCGUGUCUGGAGAACAGAAUGGUUUCACUGUUCCAGUGAGUGGGCGUAGCAGCGCCUAUGGUGAUGGCGGUCAGGAGAGGGACACGGCAGGGGGACCCCGCAGUGAGACCAGCAGUAUUGGCUUACCCUCGGGAUCCAUGAGAUAUGAGGUUGACAUUUGUGAGCCGGAUAUAGACAAUGACACCAGCCACAGGUUGCACCACCUGCGUCUAAUGCUGCUAGAAAAGAUGAUAGGAUACAUCACAGAGUUGAGGAACAUUGGUGGAGUGAGAGCUAUACCUUUUAUGCAGGUGCUCCUGAUGUUGACCUCUGACCUAGACAGUGAGGAAGAGAGGGACAAGGCAGUACUGGACAGCCUGCUCACAGCUCUGCUUAAACAGAUGGAUUUCAAGAAUGUCCAGGAGGUGGUGACCAGGACAAAUGUGAACGAGGUUCAGCUGAUAAUUCUCCGCCUUCUCAGUGUGUUCAUGUCCAGAACACGCGCAGGCAUGAAGCCCUCUGGGGAGCCACCAACUCUGAUUAGUUCCAGCACAGCAGGUGCUCUGCUGCAUUGUGGGUCUGUGGAUUACUGCCUCAACACACUGAAGAGUUUGCACUCCUACUGGAAGCAACUGCCUCCUGAUGAGGACACUGCCUCAGUACCAGGACAACUGUUGAAAAGUCACCCCACCACCCCUCCCCCAGACAUGUCUCCCUUCUUCCUACGACAGUACGUGAAGGGGCAUGCAAACGACGUGUUUGAGGCCUACCCCCAGCUCUUGACAGAGAUGGUCCUCAGACUGCCGUAUCAGAUCAAGAAGAUAGCGGAUGCCAGCCCUAGCUUGGCGUCACCCUCAUUUGACCAGGUUUGGUUUCAGACGCUGUCGGAGUACAUGAUGACACAGCAGACGCCAUUUGUGAAGAGACAAGUGAGAAAGCUCCUUCUGUUCAUCUGUGGGUCCAAAGAGAAGUACCGUCAGCUGCGGGACAUGCAUGCUUUGGAUGCCUACAUGAAGGAAGUGAGGAACAUAUGUGAGAAAUAUGGCAUGAAUGUGACCAAGCCAAGCACCCACCCUAUUGUUAUACCAUAUGACACACUGAUAACACUGAUUGAACAGCUGAAGUCCUGUGCAGAGAUUGCCACCACCAGGACUGCCAACUGGCAAAAGUUCUGCCACAAGGAGGACACCAUCUUGUCCUUCCUGAUCCAGGCUAGUAUCUGCCUGAGUGACGGGGUGGCACCAGUGUUGCUGCAGCUGCUGCAGUGUGCUCUCUGUGGUACCAAGAUAAGCCAGCUUCAAGCCCCACCAGCAGGAGCCUCUGCUAAGGCUAAGAAGGAAAAGGAGAAGUCAGAAGAGGGAGAAGAAGCUCCACCAAAACAUGAUGAAGGUCUAAGCAUUAUCUUAGUUCAACAAGUCAACAAGUUUGUGGAUCGUGAACUCUUGAUUCAGUUUAUGAGAGCUUUCCUUCUGGAGUCCAACUCCACAGCUGUGCGCUGGCAGGCUCACGCCUUGGUACUGCACAUUUACAGGAAUUCCUCUCUGAGCCAGCAGGAGGCAUUGCUGUGUCUCAUGUGGAACAUAUGGCCAGAGCUGCCCUCCUAUGGCAGGAAAACUGCCCAAUUUGUGGACCUCCUGGGCUACUUUGUCCUCAAGACCCCCCAGGGCUCAGACCGGAGGUGUAAGGAGUUUGUAGAGAAAGCAGUGGAUGUGUUGAGAGGACAGAACCAGAUCCUGGCAAACCAUCCCAAUGCCAGCAUAUACAAUAUGCUGCAGGGUCUUGUGGAAUUUGAUGGCUACUACCUGGAGAGUGACCCAUGUCUGGUGUGUAACAACCCUGAGGUCCCAUACAAUAACCUGAAGCUUGCUGCCAUCAAGGUGGACUCCAAGUUCACCACCACCACUCAGAUAGUGAAACUUGUGGGAAGUCACACCAUCUCCAAGAUAUCACUGAAGAUAACUGACCUGAAGAGAACCAAGAUGGUCCGUACCUUGAAUAUCUACUACAACAACAGAUCAGUUCAGGGGAUUGUGGAGCUGAAAAACAGGUCUGAUUUGUGGCACAGAGCCAAGAGAGUGACUCUGACUGCAGGACAGACUGAAGCCAAGAUUGAGUUCCCAUUGCCCAUUGUUGCUUGCAACCUAAUGCUGGAGUAUGCUGACUUCUAUGACAACUUCCAAGCCUCAGUGGAGACCUUGCAGUGCCCCCGCUGUAGUGUGUCUGUACCAGCCAACCCUGGGGUCUGUGGAAACUGUGGAGAGAAUGUCUACCAGUGCCACAAGUGCAGGGCCAUAAACUAUGAUGAAAAGGACCCAUUCCUGUGUAACUCCUGUGGCUUCUGCAAGUAUGCCAAGUUUGACUUCACCAUGUACGCCAAGCCUUGCUGUGCCGUGGACCCCAUUGAGAAUGAGGAGGACAGGAAGAAGGCCAUCCAGACCAUCAAUAACCUGCUGGAGAAGGCGGACCGUGUGUACAAGCAGCUCCAAAUGAACAGACCCACCCUGGAGACACAGCUGAUCAGGAUUACUGAACAUGGCGGAGACAGGCUACUGGAGGAGGUAGCUGUAACUACAGGGACAGCAGCAGGCUCUAGUGUCAACAGAUGUAUACAGCAGUUGGCACAGAAGUACUGCGGGGACUGCAAGUCCUCCUUUGAUGAGCUGAGCAAGAUAAUACAGAAAGUGUUGGCAUCACGUAAAGAGCUGGUAGAAUAUGACAGGCAGCAAAAAGAGGCUGCCACUGUUGCCCUGGCGCAGACUGGACUGGGGUCACAUGAUGAAGAUGGCGCCCCCUGUGAGCCUGUGAUGAGACAAAGUCUGCGGCUGAUGGCGUCCGGCCAGUGUUAUGGAUGUUCCAGUUCUGCUGUGGAGCACUGCGUUACUCUGCUUAGAGCACUCAGUACCAACCCACAGCUCAGGCAGAUACUGUGCGAAGAGGGCCUGAUCAAGGAGUUGGUGAACUACAACCUGCGUCGGGGCUCCCUCCUGAUGAGAAAUGAUGUCCGUCAGCUGGUCUGUCUCCUGACCAAGGACAACCCUGAAGCCACUUACAACCUGAAUAACAUCCUCUGUGGAAGAAUUAUGUCUGCUAUGAAGAAUUAUCUGCCCAAUAUGGACCUGGGAUCUCUGGUGCGCCAUGAGAUAAUGUUGCUGGCAAACACCAUCCAGAAAGAAGACAAAUGCUGGGAGCAGAGGAUUAGUGCUGUGUUGAAACUGUUUCUGCUGGGGAUGGAGAUUAAGAACCCCACUGUGAUGGAGAAUGUCACCCUGCCCUGCCUGAAGAUACUGCAGUCUCUGAUUAAACCUGAACCCCCCACAUCCAAGAAAAACAAGGAUAAGAGCAUGGAGGCCCUGAGUAGUGUCCGUACUGAUAUCCCAGGGUUAAGAGCACAUGCCAGGGGGUGGCUGGAGGGAGAACGGGCCUGCUCUUACACUGCCUGGAAACAGGGACAGCCUGCCAAAGUUCCAGAAUCCACUCCAAAAAAGAAAAAGGAGAAAGAAAAAGAAAAGUCAGAUGAAAAGAAGAAAGAGAAGGAGGGUCAUGGUAAAGAUGCAGACAAGGAGGAAAAGAAGACUGGACGUAAGGUGGACAAGGAGGAGGUUCGGAGGGUCAAGGUGCGCUACCUUAUGGAGAAAUACGGGACGAGAUGGAAGAAUAAAGUUAAGAAAGGUGACAUGUCCACCAGGCAGAUGACCCUCCCAACAGACAGCUGGCUGUGUCAGGCCAUCUUCUGUCCAUCCUCUCGUUCCACUCGCCAGACAGCCUGCAACAUUGUGGACACCAUCUGUGUCAACCCCUGCAGGCGCCAGGAGAUGCUGAAAGUGCUUACCAGCUAUCUGGAUGACUUGGGCACUGUGGGAGAGAGUGCCAAUGAAUUCCUGGCCCUGUACAAGAGACUGAUAGCUCCCUCUACCUGGAAGUACUAUCUGGCCAUUAAGGGACUGCUGCCACACAUAGGAGAGCUGAUAGCCAAGGAAAUUGACCACCUGUCAGUGCUGGAGGAGACCACCCUCAGCUCAGACUUAUCCCAAGGAUUUGCUUUGAAGGCACUCACAGGUCUGCUGUCCUCCUUCGUUGAAGAGGAGAGCAUCAAGCAGCACUACAAGAGCAAGCUGGUAGGGACGGUCCUCAAUGGCUACCUGUCCCUCAGGAAGCUGGUGGUCCAGAGAACCAAGCUGAUCGAUGAGACGCAGGACAAGUUGCUGGAACUCCUGGAGGAGAUGACCACGGGGACGGAGGAGGAGACCAAGGAGUUCAUGGCCGUCUGUAUCAACACGGUGAAGAAGUACAGUCUCAGUGAUCUCAGGUCUCCUGUCUUCAUCUUUGAAAGGUUGUGCAGUAUAAUAUAUCCGGAGGAAAAUGAUGUGAGUGAGUUUUUCAUGUCUCUGGAAAAAGACCCGCAACAGGAGGACUUUCUGCAGGGGAGGAUGCUGGGAAAUCCAUACACGUCCAAUGAGCCGGGACUUGGUCCUCUUAUGAGAGAUGUCAAAAACAAGAUUUGUCAAGAUUGUGAGCUGGUUGCUCUGUUGGAAGAUGACACAGGGAUGGAGUUACUGGUGAAUAACAAGAUAGUCAGUCUGGACUUGCCUGUAAAGGAUGUCUAUAAGAAGAUCUGGCUCACCAAUCAUUCUGAGGAUGAGCCCAUGAGGGUUGUCUACAGGAUGAGAGGGUUGCUGGGAGAUGCUACAGAAGACAUGGUUAACUCACUGGACACCAGUGGAGAUGAAGACGUAGAUAGUGAAGAGGUUUACAAGAUGGCUGCUGUGAUGGCCAAGUGUGGCGGCUUGGAGGUCAUGUUGCAGAGGAUGGCAGCCAUUAGGGAUCUGACUACAGGAAAGAGCUUGAUGAUGGUUCUCUUGAAACUGUUCAAUUAUUGUGUCAAGGUCAAGGUCAACAGAGGUCAGCUGAUCAAGCCAGAGAUGAACGCCAUCAGCAUUAUGUUAGGAGCACUGAACUUGGCUCUCCUAGCAGAGCAGGAACAUGGCACUAGCACCACCAAGGGGCAAACCAUCACAGAGCAGAUCCUUCAGAUCAUGGAGGGCAUUUUACUGGAGGCCAGUGAGCAAACACCUGCUGAGUACAAGCAAUUCUCCAAGCUGUGUGGAGAGAAGAAACAGCUGAUGAUGUUGUUGGACAGAAUCAACAGCCCCUUUGUGCGCGCCAAUGCCAGCGUACUGCAGGGACUGAUGAGGCUGAUUCCCUUCCUGGCCUUUGGAGAGGAAGAGAAGAUGUUAACCCUGGUGAACCAUUUCAAGCCUUACGUCAAUUUUAACAAGUUUGACUUUGAGCACACUCAAGAUGAGCAGAUUCAUCUGGACUGCUUCUGUGUCAUCACUAACGCAAUCGAGAGUAAUGCCAACGGUACCAAGCUAAAGGACAUGAUAGUAGAGCACGAGAUCGUGAAAGACGCGGUCGAGUACAUCCAGGUGCACGCGCCACAGGUCAAGACACUGUUAGCAACUGAUACCGAGGACUGGAAAGAAUUCUACUCCAAGCCUUGCCUGAGUUAUGUGCUGAGACUGCUGGCUGGGCUAUGCAAAGGACACGAACUGACACAGUCUUAUGUGAGCAGGGAUCUGAUCCCCAUCUUGCACAAGCUGGAGCAGGCGUCCUCUGAGGAGGGAGUUGGGACACUGGCUGAAAACCUCAUGGAGACCCUGAAGGAAAACCAGCAGGCACUGGCUAAGAUUGGAGAGAUUCGUCAGCAGACCAAGGGAGAGAAGAAGAGGUUGGCUAUGGCCAUGAGACAGAAACAACUGGGAGCAUUGGGCAUGACGACCAAUGAGAAGGGCCAGGUUACUGUGAAGAGCUCUGUUCUAAAACAGAUGGAAGACUUGAAGGAAGAGACAGGUCUGACGUGUUGUAUAUGUAGAGAGGGGUACAGAUAUCAGCCCACCAAGGUGUUGGCCAUCUAUACAUUCACCAAGCGUGUUAACUUGGAAGAUUUUGAGAACAAGCAGAGGAAGAGCCAGGGAUACUCCACUGUGUCUCACUUCAAUGUGAUCCAUGUGGACUGUCAUAAUGCAGCUGUCAGACAUGCACGUGGCCGUGAGGAGUGGGAGAGCGCGGCCCUACAGAAUGCCAACACCAAGUGUAACGGCCUCCUCCCACUGUGGGGGCCGCAGGUUCUGGAGAAUGCCUUCGCUGGAGCCUUGGCCAGGCACAACUCCUAUCUUCAAGAAUGUACUGGGAUGCGGGACACCAGCUAUACCCUCACCUUACACGACCUCAAGCUGCUGUUACUGAAGUUCGCCCUGGAGAAAUCCUUCAGUGAUGACAGUGGGGGUGGCGGACGCCAGAGCAAUGUGCACCUCGUCCCCUACCUGAUGCACAUGACUCUCUAUGUGAUGAACACGACCCGGUCUGUGCCCAGAGAGGAGAAAAACUUGGUCACCUUCCUGCACACACCUAGAGAGAAGUGGGUGGAGUCUGCCUAUGAGGUGGACGGUCCUCUGUUCUGGUCAGUUUUGGCCUUGACCAUCUUGAACCGAGACCGGUGGAAGGAGCACAGAGUCAUGAUCCUGAAGAGGCUGCUGGUUCUGGCCCAUGCCAGACACCUGGCACCAGGUGGAGCCACUAGUCUGGCAGACAAGACCGUGAAGGACUAUGCCGUGUACAAGCCGAUGUUGGUGUUCUUUGGUUUGCUGAACUCAAUAAUGCUGGAAAUGUACAAGAAGGUUCCGCAGACGUCAGAGGGGAGUUGGUCGACCUCUCUAGCAGAGUUUAUUCGUCGCAAUGACAAGCCUGUGCUGGAGGCCGCAGACAAGAUGGUCAAAACCUACGAAGAAGAGAUGCUACCGUGCGAGUCUUUUGGAGAAUUCUGUGAUGUCAUGGGACUCUUGGAAGAAAUCUCCAACCCUGAGGAGUUUUUGGCCCACUUGCUGUCAUCUCUGCCUUAGUUGGGGACUAUGCUGUCAGAGGGUUAUUCUAAAAUGAUUAAAAAACUUGACAAAUAAGCCUUGUUGUUUUUGGUGGAAAUGUUGAAAUAUAAGGGAUAAACAUGGAUAGAAAUAGAGCGCAGACAAUGUGUGCAGAGUAUUGGACUGGUUUGAAGUACAACAUAAUAUUAAACUCUUCAUGUGGCAUGUUUAAAACUUGGUUAACCAUCAACAAAGGUUUAAAAAACAGACAAUAUUUCAAUAUGUUAUUUUGUGCACAUUUUGUGUAUCCGUGAAGCAUGGCUUGCGUUUUUUAUUCAUUUAUUUAUUUAUUUAUUUUUUUGUCUAAAAACUUAUAAUGAUACUAUCUACAAAAAGUAGCAUAUAUUUGUUGUAUUCGGCUAGUUGUGGAAUUGCUUAGAUAUAUCAUUGUCGUCGUUUGGAUUUAAAAGGACACAUUUGGUCAUCGUAAAUUCGAGUAAUUGAACAAAUGUAAUGAUAUUCAAAUAUCAACUUUGCCUACCACUAACGGAGUAUUUAGAUUACUUAAAAAUUGGUUCUACAGAAUUUCCACGAGGAAAGAAAUCAGACGGUUUAAUGCCAGAGCUAGUUACACGUUGGGGUGGGCGUUGUGUGCAUGAGCGUCUCAUUGCUCACCUUGAAUAGUUUGAAAAGAGGACAUUUCGUGAAAUUUGUAUGCGUAUUUAAAUAUUGAAAUAUCUUAAAACAUGUUUAUGUCAACAUCUUAACCGCCUAGCUAGAAAAGACUGGGAAGUUGAAGCCGGCAGCAGUUUGAAUACUGUUAUUUGGAACGACGAUAAUUUUAGAAGUGCAUCAAAUGUCAUCUUAGUAAUGGUCAGAGGGGAAUAAAAAUUG